CAAUAAUCCUGAGGAAUUGGAUGACCAAAAGCUUAAAGAAAGCAAGGGUGGUACUGGUCCUAAAAAUAAUCCAGGAAAAGAAAAAAAGUUUGCUAGAACCUUUGAAAGCAGCAAGUUUUUUGCUAAAAGUCAACCAGAGAAAGUACUAGUUGUACCAAAUUAUAAAAGCACAGAAUAUCUCCAAGGUUCUAAUAUAUAUCAUGUUAAGCAAGAAGUCAGUGACUUAAAAGAUGAAGACUUUGUCAAAGCUGCCCAAAAAUAUAAAGCCAAAAAAGAGCAAGAGAAAUUAACUCCUCACACUACCACUUCUUCUGCAGAGAGAAAGAGAAACAAUAUUUGA